ACUGGGACAGGCGUUCCACCUGCUGCCGGCCAGGUUUCACUUUCGUCUCUCCCUCCCUGGAGCAGCAUGCCCAGCCACGCCACUAAUUUAAGGCUGAAGCUGCCAGCGACAUGCUUCCUCCUCGAGAUCCUCACCAUCCUCCUCUUCGCCGUCUUCGUGCGUUACGACCGGGAGGCCAGUGCCAGCCAGUGGCACCAGGAACUAAAUCAUCGCAACACCAGCCACCUGGACAAUGACUUUUACUUUCGCUACCCAAGUUUCCAGGAUGUCCACACCAUGAUUUUCAUCGGCUUUGGGUUCCUGAUGACCUUCCUGAAGCGUUACGGGUUUGGAAGCGUCGCCUUCAACUUCCUGAUUGCGGCCUUUGCCAUACAGUGGUCCACGCUGGUCCAGGGUUUCUUGCACUCCUUCCACAACGGCAAAAUUCACGUUGGAAUCGAGAGCAUGAUCAAUGCUGAUUUCUGCUCCGGAGCUGUUCUGAUCUCCUUUGGAGCAGUUCUGGGCAAGACGAGCCCUGUCCAGCUGCUCCUGAUGACCUUGUUUGAGGUCACGCUCUUCGGCCUUAAUGAAUACAUCCUGCUCAGCCUCCUGGGGGCCAAGGAUGCUGGGGGCUCCAUGACCAUCCAUGCCUUUGGGGCUUACUUCGGCUUGAUGGUAUCGCGGGUCCUGUACCGGCCUCAGCUGGACAAGAGCAGACAGCGGGAAGGCUCUGUGUACCACUCGGAUGUCUUUGCCAUGAUUGGCACGCUCUUUCUGUGGAUCUUCUGGCCCAGUUUCAACUCAGCCAUCACCACCCACGGUGAUGACCAGCACCGGACAGUAGUGAACACGUACUUCUCACUGGCUGCCAGCACGCUGGCCACCUUCGGCAUGUCAUCCCUUAUCAAUGGGGAAGGCAAGCUAGAUAUGGUCCACAUCCAGAAUGCAGCUCUAGCUGGAGGGGUGGUGGUCGGCACGGCCGGCGAGAUGAUGCUGACGCCCUUCGGAGCCAUGACUGCUGGUUUCCUCGCCGGCCUCAUUUCUACUCUUGGCUUCAAAUUCCUCACACCCCUCCUGGACUCCAAGCUGAAAAUACAGGACACCUGCGGCGUCCACAACCUCCAUGGGAUGCCAGGGGUGCUGGGCGCCCUCCUUGGUGUGCUGGUCUCAGCGCUGGCAACGCAUGAUGUCUACGGUGACGGGAUGUACGAUGUCUUCCCUUUCAUCGCCCAAGGAAGCUGGACGGCCAGCUACCAGGCUGUCAUCCAGCUCUGCGCCUUGUUCGUGACGCUGAGCUUUGCGGUGAUUGGAGGAAGCAUUGCGGGUGCUAUACUGAAAAUGAACUUCCUGGCAUCCCCCCCGGACACGCAGUGCUUUGAAGAUCAGAUCUACUGGGAGGUCCCAGAAGCGCAUCACGAUGCCUACGGACACAUGCCGGAUGUAGCCCCGGAUGACCCAGACAAGAGCACAGAUGCCUAAUGGAAGGGACCUGCCCGGCAAGCAAAAUUUGACCCAGUCUGAGCCCAUCUGAUUCUCUCUCUCCAAUGCUGGCAUUUGCCUUCCCCAGCUGGCUGGGGGCAGGUUGGUCUGACUUUGGGACAGCAUUGCAGCCUGACCUGGGACAAUGGGAGACAGAAUGAGAUCUUCAACCUGUGUCACCUCCUCUGGGGACUGCAGCCACAUUCACAUUUCUGCAUGUUCAUUCAAGGAAAGAGUAAUCUAUGCCUAACCUAGGGCUGAGGUCACAAGCACCUUUAAAGAGCAUCUUUCAAGAGCAAGUUGCACUCGCGGGAAAGGAAGAAGUGAGUUCAGCCCCUGACUCUGAUACAGGCUCCCAGCACGACAAGCUGAAUCCAAGCUAGCUGGAUUCUCCUGCUUCUGUUUAAGAGCAGCUUCAUCUGGAGCUGCUAUGUUUGAACCUGCUUUUAACAAGACAUAGCCAAACUAAAAUAACUGCACCCAUGCCUCUGUUAGCACCAACGUACAAAUCACAGUAUUACUAGAACUGCCCCCAGUCUGCACAGUCAUAGACCCAUGGGUUCCCCUUGCCUUCACACGAGGAUAUCAACCCAACCUCGCUGAUCUGGACUGCAAACUCUUUGAGGCAAGACAGUUUCACCCUGUAUCUCUGAAGCGCCCAGCACAGAGGCAUAGUUGCAGCAAGGGAAGUUCAAGUUGCAGCAAAGUUAGAUAUUAGGAAAAACUUUCUCACUAGGAGGGCAGUCAAGCACUGGAACAGGUUACCCAGAGAGGUGGUGGAGUCUCCAUUCUUGUAGGUUUUUAAGCCCUGGCUAGACAAAGCCUUGGCUGGGAUGAUGUAGUUGGGGCUGGCCCUGCUUAGAGCAGGGGGUUGAAUUAGAUGUGACCUCCUGAGGUCCCUUCCCACCCUCAUUUUCUGUGAUUUUAUGAUAGUAUCAGGUAGCACCUUUGGGCUUCUACAGCUGUUCCUACCAUGACAUUUUGUGCCUGGACACAGGAGUGACAUGGGCACCAAGAAACACCUCAGCCACAAAGGCAGUAGGGUGCGACAGCGAGUGUUUUACCCCCUAUCCUGACUGUAGCAAUAGAGUUGAGAUCAAGCUCUGCACUCAGAUUUCUAUUCUGAAUAUACCUCAGUGAUGUGGCUGGUGGAGGAGAGGGGGAUGAUUUGUUUUAAGAGAUAGCCCUGUUAGUAGCAUCUCAAGAGUGCACAGUUGCAUCACUACAAAGAUGCCUUCUAAGCCUACAUCUUAUUUCUGGCUCCUGUAUAACUGCACCUUCUCCGACUGUUCCCACUGGGUGGGUUGUGCUGCUCUGACUGUACUGGUACAUGUCCUCCAACUUGCAUGUCUCCAAAAAAGCGAAGCUGAAAGGCUAGGUCCUACUUCUUUAUUUAAAUGUCAUGUCCAAUGUGGUUGCUAAUGUAUUUACAAGUAAAUGAGCUAUGCAAAACCACAAGUAAACACCUCCUUGUGAAACACUGAGAUGAUGCUCUUUGCUAAGCAGGGAGGAAGGCGGAGGGCAGGGGUUAUGGAUGCUCCUCUUAACUCUGUCACUGACUUGCUGGGUAAUCCCAGUCACUUCACUUAUGCCCCUUGGAGCCCCAGUUUUUCUUAUCUAUAAAAAGAUGUGACAACUCUGA